CGGAUCUUUUCAGUCAAGUGUUGGCCGCGCUCCGUAGCUGUCGCCGCCGCCACAGCUCCCCCUUACACGUAACAAUCCCAUCCCACCCCGUAUUAUUUUAGUUCGUCCUUGCUAAUUUUACACUCGACAGCGUUUUCUCUUUUUUCGCAGAAAUUAAAAAAAAAUUUGAUUAAAUCGUGUCAUCUGCAACAACAUUUAAAAACAAAAAUCAAGUGAAUGUGGUUUUCCAAAAAUUAAGUGCGUCCAAGUGUGUUGUCGUCUGUCUGGAUGUUGUUGGGGGAAAACGCGUGGUCGGAGCGAACGAACGAACUUUUUUUUCCCCUUUUUUUAUUUUGAUUUUGUCACGCGGCCAUCUGGAUUAAUCUAAGAAAAUAGUCACGUUGAUUUUGUGUGUGUGUGCCGUGUGUGCCGUGUUGGAAGUGACUUUGAACCAAGAGCUGAAAAAGAAAACGACCAAAAAAUGUCUCCAAUGCAAAUGUUUGGACGUCUAGUAGACGUGAGUCGAGUGAAUUUAAUUAGCAGAUGUGGCGUCAUGCUGUUGGCGAUGACUCUGUUGACGCAGAAUUUCAUGGCCAGAGCCUUACCGGCGUCGGGAGGAAGCUGCGAUUCGGUCCGUGAUGUCAUGACGUCACUCAAACUGGCUCAGACCGCCAUGGUUAGUGAAUCGCCUGUCGCAGGUGGAAACGGUUUGGUUUGCGAGGGAGAGCGGACGUGUUGCCCGGCCAAUGUCGAGUCUGCCCUGCGCCAUUCGGCCGCAUCGGAUUUCCAUCACGCCGUCCGCCAGUCGAGCCAUCAACUGCGGCACACGUUGACCCAGUCGUCUACUGCCAUCCAAGGUCAAGUUGUUCAACACGUGAGAGCGUCGAUGAUGAAGACGCAGACAAUGUUUGGCCAACUGUACAAGAGACUGGCCCUCCUGGCCAAGGAGCCGAUCCAGCAGCUGUUUGAUCAAUUGGAGCGAUUCGUUUCGCCUCCGGCCGAUGGUGGCGACAGUGGCGGCGAUCCAGCGGACGUCAGUGACGCCGUCAACGGAUUUUUCGACGACUUGUUCCCCAGACUCUACGGCCAGAGCCCAAGGAGCGUCCAGGGCCCCUCGCUGCCGGCCGACAGCUUUGGCCAGCGUCUGCCGCAGGACUAUGUCGACUGUUUGCGGCACGCCCAGUCUGAAUUGCGCCCGUUUGGCGAGAUUCCACGACGGCUGGCCAACAGCCUGGCCAGGAGCCUGGACGCGGUUCGCUCUCUACUUUCCGCCCUGGACCUGGGCGCCCGCGUCCUCAACGCCACGGAUCACGCCGAAUUGAACGGCCAAUGUCGCGACGCUCUACUCCGGGCCACUUACUGCGCCCAGUGCCGGGCGUUGAAGCGCCAACCGACGACAACGACGACGACAACUUUAGUCAACAGCGGCGGCCAAGUCUGUCGCGGCCUCUGCUCGAACGUGGCCCGCGGAUGUUUGGCGGCCGUGGCCGACGUGGACCAGCCGUGGAACGAGUGGGUGGACGCGAUGGAGCGCCUAGCGGCCGCUCUGCUCAACAAGGCCGGCGCCGCCGUGGCCGAUCUGGGCCCGCACGACAUUCUCUCGUCCGUCGACAGCCGAUUGUCCGAGGCGGUUCUCUACGCCCUGGAAAACGGGCCGCUCCUUGAAAAGAAGGUCAAGAAAAUGUGCGGUGAAAACGGGACGGGCAAAGAUGGAGCCUCUUCCGGCGACGAUUCGGCUACUUCGGACGCUGAAUCGUCGUCCGCUUCGCCUUUGGUGGCCGUCCAGCCGCAGCCCGUCGAAGAUUUGAGUCCCGUCCUGGAAGGCGGCCAAGGCGGCGGAUUAAAGUCGCGACUCGAGUCGCUCCUGCCCAUGUUGGCCGCUGCCCGCGGUUUCUAUUCCAACUUGCCGGACGCUGUUUGCGCCCAACCGGGGACGCCUUUCCAGGCCGUCAUGAGCGACGACCAGUCAAACUGCUGGAACGGCCAGAGAUUUGCAGAGUACACUAAACCCAUUUCCGGGAUUGGCAUCGGAGCUCAGAAAUACAAUGCGGAAGUUCGAGUGUCUAGAAGUGAUGUCGAUUCCCAUCUGGUCCAGCUCAGCGAUCGGCUUAGACACGUCAGACAGGUUUUGAUUAGUAAAACGGUGGCAGCUCCCGAGCCCGACUCUUUGGUGAUGGCGGAUUUCGGAUCAGGAUCGCCAGAUGGUGGAAGCAACGAAGGUUCUGGCAACGGCGCCGGAACUGGCAUGGGAGGCGGACACGGCCGAGGCGGAUGGGAUGGAUCUGAUUCGGAGCCGGAUGACGAUGGCACUGGAGGAGUUGGACACGGAUUUCCCGAUGGCGAUCUGGACGGUUCCGGCUCCGGCCAGGGACCACACCCUGGCGGCGACUGGGAGGACAGCGAGAGCGGAGGCGGAGGCGGAGGCGGAGGCCAAUCCAAGAAACCGGGAUCUGACGACAUUGAAAUCAACGGUGAAACGACGCCACGCGUCACAGUCAACGGACCGACAGGAGGAGGAGCUGGUGGAGCGGCCGGAGGAGGAGGAGCCGGAGGAAGUGGAGGCAGUUCCGGAAGCAGCCGGACAUCAAAUAUCUCGUCGUCUGCCUUGCUUGCCCUCUGCCUCGUCGUGGCUCUCAGAGUCUCAUCCAGCUUCCGGCCAUUUGUAUAGAGAGUCUUAACACAUACACACCCAACACACUCCCUACCCCCUCCCACUGCACACACAACACACUACACAGACACUUUUUUAACAAAUUGAAUGCAAUAAUCGGUACUUUUUUUUUUUAAUUUUAUGACUUUUGACCCCCUCCCCCCUCGCUUACAAUUUACAUUCAAGUCUAAAAAAAAGAAAAACUUAAACAAAUUAAUUUUUUUUGGCCCAACUUUUUUUUAAAUUUGAAUAUAUUUAUAUAUAAAUGACACACACACACACACACACACGCAAACACACAUUAUAAAUAUAAGUAGGUGUAGCGCUCGUGUGAUAGCAAAGCCUCGCAUGUGUUGCCUGUACGGUGUGUGUGUGUGUGUGUGUGUGUGGAUGGGGGGAAAGAGGAAUUGAUUUCGGGGGUAUUAGCAGACGCCACCGCCAUCUAGCGUUCGGUUUGGUUAUCUCACACACACACCCUCUUCAUCUCUCAAUUCUCUUUUUAUUAUUCAUUUCAAUUAAUUUAAUGUCGAAAAAAUGAAUUAAUACUUUCACAUUCACUUGACGACGUUUGAUAGCUAAGGCGUCCGCGUGUGUAUGCAAAUAAUGACUAAUGCUGAUACUUAGUAAUACUAAAACAAGAAA